AUGGCUGCUGCAGAUAUGGAGACUCCAUCUUCCUGGGAAAAUCCAGAACGUACCUUUGAUUUGGUGCUGAAAGUAAAGUGCCAAGCAUCUGAAAAUGAAG